ACAAAAAAAAAAGAACCCCCACUUCUUCAUCCCCAGCCCAUCUCAGAACUUCCUCCCAUCCUCAUCGAAGAGCCCUGGGCCUGAGGCAAGCUAGGCAAGGACUCUACCCGCCACCAUUAGGGAGCAGUUAUCUGCAGUCUCACAACUGCUAAAUGGCAGAAUCGGGAUGUAAUCCAGCUGCUUUGAACUUUUAAUUAUUUUAUUUAGGUUUUUUGAGACAAGGUCUCAUUAUAUAAUUUAGCCGACCUCAAACGCACAGUGAUUCUCCUGCCUCAGCCUCGCGAGUGCUGGGAUUACAGGCGUGCGCCACCAUGUUUGCCAACCCCCCUGACUUUAAAACAGUGCUUUCCUGAUGCUAUCUUUCACUCCUUUGAGAGAGAUUUGCUUGAGCCUUGUGUUCCCAGGGUAUCAACUGAACAGCACUUUUAAGCGAAUUAAUACGUGGCUGGCAAUCCCAGCAGAUGUCUUCGUCCCUUCCUUUUCCCACUGUAGGCGAAGACUCCGCCUCGCUUUCUUCCGCUUUGCGUCUCUUUUGGCUCCGGUGACGCACCGUCGCAGGGGCGGAGGCCUCAGAUAGUUGAGAUGAUGGCGUCGGUGACGCCGGAUUCGCAGGCCCGAUUUGGUCAGUCAGUGAAGGGGCUCCUCACGGAGAAGGUCAACACCUGUGGAACCGACGUGAUCGCACUUACCAAGCAGGUGCUGAAGGGCUCGCGGAGCUCCGAGCUGCUAGGUCAGGCAGCUCGAAAUAUGGUACUGCAGGAGGACGCCAUCUUGCACUCGGAAGAUAGCUUACGGAAAAUGGCAAUAAUCACGACACACCUUCAGUACCAGCAAGAAGCUAUUCAGAAGAAUGUGGAGCAGUCGUCAGAUCUGCAGGACCAGCUGAAGCACCUGUUGAAGUAGACUGCCGUAGAAGAGGGUAAUCGCACUUCUUUGCCUGAUGCCAAGGAGGAAAUCUCCUGCAUGACUGUGGGUUUCAUCUUGCAUUUUCGUCUCUAAAGUUAGAAAAGAUUUGUGUGGAUGUAGUCGCUCCUGAAAAGAAGCGACAUGGCUGAGUUUUGGAAGCACUUCUUCAAUCGGACUCACCUGUGUUCUUGAUGAAUUUUUAAGUUGCUCUGUUUAUUUGUUAUUAAAACAAGAUCAAAAGCCG